UUUUUUUUUUACUAAAAUUUAUUAAAAUAUUUUCGUACAUUCCGCAUUCUCUUCCGAAUUAAGAUUAAGAAACAACAAGAAUCAAGAUCAACAAACAUUUAUUUUCUUCUCCCUUCCUCAAAUAUACAAUUUCUCAAACGAUGCCCAGUAUCUUAUUAUUUCUAUUUAUUAUCGCGCACGAUUGAAAUUAUAAUUCUAAAAAAAAAAAAAAAAUAUUAUCUCAUUCCUCGUUUCUCGAGAAUUUACUCGCACAUUAUAAGACGCAAUACACGAUAAUCAUUUAUCUCUUAUAUAAGUACUCGUCGAGCAACGAGUAUAUUCAGUAUACUGAAAGAAUCGGAUUCGAUUAACAAGCUCAGAUCGAUCGAAGGAUGGAUUAUCUACAACUCGGCCUCACCUUUUUGGCGAUACUCGUGGCCAUCUACUACCUGUCCACGAGGAAUCAGAAGCUGCUGAAGAGGCACGGGAUCGUGCACAUCCCUCCAACCCCGUUCUUUGGCAAUCUGGGCCCGCUGGUGCGUCGCCAGUGUCACAUGGAGGACGUGAUUCAGAGGAUAUACGACCUCGAUCCGGAUGCAAAGUACGUGGGGAUGUACGAGUUCACCACUCCUUUGAUAAUAAUCCGCGACCCGGAGUUGAUAAAAACGAUCGGGGUGAAGGAGAUCACGAAUUUCACGAAUCACCGGCCGUUCGUGGACGUGGGGGUGGACCCUAUGCUGGGCGAGGUGUUGUUCGCGAUGCAGGGCGACCGGUGGAGGGAGCACAGGACAAUGUUGACCACUCUGUUCACGUCGAGCAAGAUCAAGUCCAUGUUCGUUCUUAUGUCCGAUUGCGCCAAACGGUUCGCCGAUUAUCUGUCCAAGGUCGAUCGGGAGAUAGAGAUGAAGAGCGUGUUGACCAGGUACACGAACGACGUGAUAGCGAGAUGCGUGUACGGGAUAUCCGUCGACUCCGUGAACGAGCCCGAGAACAUAUUCUACAAAUACGGUCAAGUGGCGUCCCAAUUGGCGACGUUCAAGCAGAAUUUGAUGAUAUUCGUGCACAGGAACUCGCCCAGGUUGGCCAGAUUGCUCAACCUGAAGAUCCUGCCCGACCACAUCGAGAAGUUUUUCUAUCGGCUGGUCGUGGACACGAUCGAGGCGAGGAGGAAGGAGGGCGUGCACGGGUCGGACAUGCUGCAACAGUUGAUGGACAUGCAAUCGAGGAAGAAAGAGUUCGAGGGGAAGAAAGGCAUGGCCGUGUCCGAGAUAGCCAAUCACGCGUUCAGCUUCUUCUUCGGGAGCGUGGACACGAUGGCCACGCAGAUAAGCCUGAUUGCGCACAUGCUGGCCGUGAAUCCUGACGUUCAACAGAGGCUUCAGGAGGAGAUCGACGAGGUUCUGUCGGCGAGCGAGGAGCAAGCUGGAUACGACGUUAUACAGGAGAUGAAGUAUCUGGACGCGGUGAUGAGCGAGGCGAUGAGGUAUCAUCCGAUCCUGUUGUUCGUGGACAGGGUGUGCGGCGAGACCUUCGAAUUGCCGCCCGCGCUGCCCGGCGCCCGCCCUUUCAAACUCGAGAGGGGGAUGAACAUUUGGUUCCCCGUCAAAGCGAUCCACCACGACCCGAAAUAUUUCGAGAAUCCGGAGAAGUUCGACCCGGACAGAUUUCUCAGGGAUGGGAAGAGCAUCGCGAGCUCGGGGGCGUACAUGCCGUUCGGGAUGGGGCCCAGGAAGUGCAUAGGCAGCAGGUUCGCGUUGACCGAGAUGAAAAUAUUGCUGUUCAACAUCCUGGCCGUGUGCAGCUUCAAGGUCGGGAGCAAGACUAUGGUCCCGUUGAAAUUCAAGGAGGGUGUGUUCAAUCCGGUCGCUAAGAAUGGAUUCUGGUUGAAGAUCGAGCCCAGGGAGAACUCUUCUUACGGGGAUGUUGGCUCUUCCAGUUGAUGGAAAUUGCUCGAUAUAGGAAAGAAGAAAUGAUGAAGAGAGAUCGAAGGAGAAUGGAUCGAAGAAACAAAUGCGAUUACAAAAAGAAAACAGAUAUUACAUGAAGAAGAUCAAGAGAAGAGAAAAAAAGAAUAAAUCAAUCGAAAGAAACAAGCCUUCGAUCACGUUUAACGUUAAAUUAUUUUUGAAAAUAUGAUAGAAGAAAGAAGGGAAUAAUUUUUAAAAUAUCCCUUUCUCUCUUCACUUUUUCCGUUUUCUUCUUCGAAUCGAGGAUAGUAAUAUUAUAUCGAGGCGAGAAAUGCUAAAAAUUAGAUUUUUAUUAGCUACGAGCUCUCGAAGGAGAAGGGGGUUGAUCAACUAUUGGUUGCAGGAUAAUCUGUUGAUGCGUAACACUAUUCGACUUUGAUUAAUCAAAAUAUACGUCGUAUUUCGCCCGUUCUGCAUCUCUUUUACUCCCCUUCGUUUCGCCUUGGAUAGAUAAUUGGUUGUCAGAAGGUCCUCUAUCGGUGGAACAAGAGAAAAAUAAAGAGAGAGGGAGAUGGAGAGGGAGAGUGGUCGGAUGCCCCGAAGUAAAUUGCGAAGGGGUGAUUCUGUCCAUUGCAAUUCGCCUCCAAUAUAUUAUCUUAUCCUCAGGCUUCAUCCUGUUGGGCCGUCUACUUUCUUAAAAUUACUUUUAUCAACACUUUGUUUCGCCAAUUACCCCAAGUUUUCAUCUUUCUCCCAUCGCGUUCUCCGCCCGCGUUGCCCUCGUGGAGGAACCAUUUUGCCAAUUAUUGCCAACCGCCUUCUGCAAAUGGACAGCGAAGUGGUGAAGUUAACACGAUGAUGCAUCGACCCUCCAUGAAUUGCAUCUUUUUAUCGUGAUUUUUAGAAAAAUCUGCGAGAUUUCAGAUCUCGAAUUACAUUCCCUUUUCGUCCACUUUCUUGACAGAAGGUUUCUUUUAAUUUUUUUUUUUUUUUUUGAAUGAUUCUUGUAUUUUUAAUUUCAACAUUUAUUUGCUCGACGUAGGAAACUUAUAUAAAUUAUAUUAUGGAUCACGGUAGCGGAUAUUAAAAUAUUAUUAAAGCCAUAUUAAAUAUCUUACAUUUCCUACGACAAGUUUUUUCGAUAUUUCGAAAACUUUACAUUCGUAAUAUUACAUAUCUUUAAAAAAUACAUUUUUACCUGUUCACAUUAGAUUUUAAUCAAUUCCAAUCAACAAAAUGGAUCGAGCAGCCCAACAUCUGUGCGAAAAGGAAAUACAAAAAUACGCGAAUUAUCCUAAUACGAAUCACCGUAAUCGAAGCAAGACCGUUCGACGAAAAAAUUGAUCGAAGCGAAACACACGCGAUAUAAGAUUAUUUCACACUCCCCCUCGAAUGUUAACCGAUACGUCAUCUAGCGUCGAAACGAUUAAAACUACUACUACUAGUCGUACCGCGCUCACCGCUUCUUUUCCACGCCUCCCACGCCUCACCCCCACCUCCUCGCGGCCCAGGGAGGUAACAGAUUGGAAUCUACGGUUGCCAAAUUGAUUGUUGGCGAUCGAUCAACCAAGUUCACGCGGGGGCAGAUCGAGUGGCGAGAUAUUGGCGCUGGUAUAUAUAUAUAUAUAUCGGGCGCGACAAAAUGCAUCGCGACCCUCCUCCUCUCCUCUUCCUCCCUCUCCUCCCCCCUCCUCCCGGAUACUUGGCGUUUUCGCGCGAUCGAUCAUCGACAACCGCCAUGAUCGAUACGUUCCCGUUGCCCGUUGGCGGAAGUUGCGAAGCCCGCCUAUGGAUACGCGCCAUCCGCCGGCUUGGACACGAGUUUGACACGGGCUGGCCCCCCAAGUAUUUGGCAAAUGGCGACAGAUAAUCCAUAACUGAUUCGAGGUCAAGCAUCACGCGGGCUUAAUAUAUUGCCACUGUCGGAGGAGGAAAAGUUUUUGAUCGGUUGUUGUUGGGGAGGGGGCGGUGAUAAGGUGCAAGAUAGAUGGAUAGAACUUGUUAGAAAACUUGUCUUUUUUUCUUUCUUGAGCUUACGGUCUCUUUGUGAGCUGCUUAAAAAAAAGGAAAGUGUUUUAUUUUGAACGUUUGUUCGCACUCGGUUCGGUUAAGAAUCUCGUAAAUUAUAGUUCAUUACAGAUAAUUCCUUUCCGUAGAAUAAUUUCGCGGAGAUAUCGUUACGUGAGGUUUCGAACUGAGAUUUUCAUUUUCGAAGCGUUUGAUUUCUGAAAUUCUUGACGAGGAGGGAAAGAUUUCUUUUUUCCUUUAUCCUCGGAUCCGGACGUGGUAUAUCGCAUUAAUUAAUAUUCAACGGCGCGAUAAAUUAUUUAUUCCAAACUGGUUAAUCAUCCUGGUUAAUAAUCGAGCAUAGCUAACGUUUCAACCGUAUCUUGUUAUCUGCGAUGAAAAUGAUGCGUGACGAAUGGACCAAGUCGUCGUUUAUACGUCGUAUACAUAUGUACACGCGCAUUUGAUGGAGGGGAAAUUUUUGCCUCGAAGGUAGAAGUCGAAGAAGAAAGUGAAACUCUGAAGAAUUUGCAUUGAUAAUAACGUGCGCGUAUCAUACGUAUAUAGUUACGUAUUUGAAGAUUUAACGAUGCGAGGUCGCGAUGUGGAUCAACGAGAGACAAGCCAUCCCUUGUCUUUUGUUAGAGAGUUAGUUAUUUGGAAACGAAGAUUCAACAUGGAGGAACAUAUUUGCAUACGCGUAUGGGAAUGGAAUAAUGGACGAGGCUGCGAGAAUUCUGUUGCCGUCGAGCGAGAUCCCUUGUUUCGUUAUUUUCCUUCUUUUCGUGAUUUCGUUGAGCAUGUAUGAAUAUUAGAAUUUUUUUUUUCUAUUGAGAAUAUUAAUUUUAUAUAUACAUGCUUUCGAUCAGAGGAGAAAUAUCUAGGAAAGGAAAAAUCUUUUUCUCUAAAUUAUUUUCGAAUUUAUUCUAAAAUCGUAGCGUAUUUAGAAGUUUAUUUGAAGAAAAAUAUACACUUGUUCUUUCAGAAAGAUUUAUAAGUUACGAACUUUGACCGGAUAAACCGAUUUCGCUCGAAUUAAACACGAUCUCUCUGUAUUACCGUGUUCAUGAUUAAUCAAUCGAUUAAUUAAUUAAUCAAAAAUUAUCGUAAAAUUACGUGUACCGGUAUUAAUUAACUAAUUACAAAAAAAGGAAUCCGAUGAUGACAGAGAGAUCAGAGAGGCAAAUGGAAGGCAAUAAUAAUAAGGGAACAAAAAUUUUCCAACGGGAUAUAUUAUUAUUAUUCGCAACGUUUUCCAAUUUUUCACGCAUUUUUUACGCUUCGAUUGUAAACACGGAAUUAAUAAAAUGAUUAAACGGUAAUUAUGAAAAUCUUUGAUAAUGAA